AUGGCUGAAGAAAAGAAGGUUAUGUUUCAUGAAAUGGAAUUAGAUGAUCGAAUAUUAAAGGCUAUUUCACAACUCGGAUGGCCCGAGCCCACGUUGAUUCAAGAAACUGCUAUCCCACUGCUGCUCGAAGGGAAAGACGUAUUGAUGAGAGCUCGAACAGGCUCUGGUAAAACGGCAGCAUUCACAAUACCUGUUAUUCAGAAAAUAUUUAAUUUGAAAAAUACAAGUUCACAUCAAUGUAUAAGAGCCCUUAUCCUGUCACCCAGUAAAGAACUAUGUGGACAGAUUACCGCUGUAAUAGGUGACUUGACAGCAAAAUGUGCUAGAGAAGUCAAAUGUAUAGACAUAUCGUCAAGUGGUGAUACACAGAUGCAGAAAGCUUUGUUAUCUGACAAACCAGACAUUGUGGUGGCUACUCCUUCAAGAGCCUUGGUGCAUUUGAAAGCAAAUAAUAUGAGGUUGAAAGAAGAUUUAGCAGUUCUGGUUGUUGAUGAAGCAGAUUUAGUGUUUUCUUUUGGUUAUGAAGAUGAAAUUAAGGAGUUGCUGGGGCAUUUACCAAAAAUCUAUCAAGCAGUCCUUGCAUCAGCAACACUAUCGGAUGAUGUUUUGAAUUUAAAGAAAAUUGUCCUCCGUAACCCGGUGACACUAAAACUGGAAGAACCAGAAUUAGCACCGUCAUCACAGCUGCAGCAUUACCAUCUGUUUGCAGAAGAAGAUGAUAAGGCGGCCAUAUUAUAUGCAUUGUUGAAACUGAACCUGAUUAGAGGCAAGAGUAUAAUCUUUGUGAGGACUGUGGAUAGAUGUUAUAAGUUAAAGUUAUACCUAGAACAAUUCAAGAUAGGAUCAUGUGUGUUAAACUCGGAGCUGCCUGCAGCUGUCAGGUGUUUAUCAGUAGACCAAUUUAAUAAAGGAAGGUAUCAAAUAAUUGUGGCGUCAGAUGAAAUGGCUCUUGAAAAGCCUGACGGAGGUAUAUUACCUUUAGAAGAAAGGAAGAGAAAGAAACAAAACUCUAAAAGAAAGAAGGAUAAAGAAUCGGGUGUUUCAAGAGGAAUAGAUUUUCAGAACGUGUCCAAUGUUAUCAAUUUUGAUUUUCCAUUAGACGUUAAUUCGUAUGUACAUAGGGCUGGUAGAACAGCUAGGGGUAACAAUUCGGGAUCGGUACUGUCAUUUGUGUCAAUAAGAGAAAAACCUUUAAUGGAUGCAGUAGAAGCACAUUUAUCAAAAGGUUUCAAGAGCCAAAAAGUUUUACAGAAAUAUGAGUUCGCGUUAGAAGAAGUGGAGGGUUUCCGCUACAGAUCUCGGGACGCGUGGCGCGCGGUCACUAGGAUAGCGGUCCGGGAAGCGCGGCUCAAAGAGAUAAAACAGGAGUUACUUAAUUGUAAGAAGUUACAGGGCUACUUUGAAGAUAAUCCAACAGAUUUGGCAGCGUUACGACGAGACAAGGCCCUACAUACCGUCAAAGUGCAACACCACUUGGCCCACGUACCGGAUUACUUGCUGCCUGCAGCCUUGAGGAAUGAGGAGACGGUGGAAGAUGAACAGGAAACUACUGCCGCACCCGCUCCGCAGAAGAAAAGGAAACAGCCCGGCAAUUACGGCAGUGCAAAGAGGCAUAAAUAUCAGGCACGCAAAAACGACCCGUUGAAGAAUUUGGACGUUAAGAAGGUCGGCGCGGGCGACACGUAG